GAGGCUCUCUGAACUCCGUGACCUUCAACCUUUCAGCAGAGGGCGGCUCAGCGGUGGUGGAACAGGCCAACAUCUGGAUCUUCCUGAAGAUUUCGAAGGGAACCCGAUGGAAAGGCAAAGUGUCGCUGCAGCUUCAUCAGGAGGGUGAGGAAGAGGAGUGUGUUUCGGAUAAGAUGGUGGAUGUCCGUCGCAGCGGCUGGCACACGCUUGCCGUGUCUCGCAGCAUCCAGACUCUGCUGUCGGGCGGCGGCGGAGCGCUGAGGCUGCGGGUCGUCUGUCCGCUCUGCAGCGAGGCCGGAGUCACAGCGGUGCUGACGGCCAGCGAGCGGGCCGGAGGGCGGGACCAGUCCCACCGACCCUUCCUCAUGGUGGCACUGCGAGCUGUAGAGGAGACGGCGCAGCGGCGGGUCAGACGCGGGCUGGAAUGCGACGGGAAGAUCCGCGUCUGCUGCAAACGUCAGUUCUACGUAAACUUCAAAGACAUCGGCUGGAACGACUGGAUCAUCGCACCGUCCGGUUACCACGCCAACUACUGCGAGGGGGAAUGUCCAAACCACAUGUCGAGCUUCAGCGGCUCUGCGCUGUCCUUCCACUCCACCGUCAUCAACCACUACCGCAUUCGCGGUCACGGGCCCUUCCAGAACAUCCGGUCCUGCUGCGUCCCCACCCGGCUCAGAGCCAUGUCCAUGCUGUACUACAACGAGGAGCAGAAGAUCAUCAAGAAGGACAUCCAGAACAUGAUCGUGGACGAGUGCGGCUGCUCUUAA